AGAGAGAGAGAGAGAGAGAGAGAGAGAGAGAAAGAGUGAAAGAGUAAUGUUCAGUCAUUAUCGUGUCAAUUGUCUGGAUUCAGGCCUUUGGUGCUCAAGGUAAGUGAUAGUAAUAGAAAAGUAGAGAUCAUGGAGACCACCUUGGUCCUGCUGAUACUGUCCUUGGUCCUCUACCAUCUGUCUAUCUCUGCUGCCCUGCACUGGAGGAGAGUACUGUACCCAUCUGCCCUUCGAGUGAAGAGAGGAACGCCAGAGCUUCUCAACCCUUCAGUUCAGAGAUCAGUGGAGGACGCCAACCUGCUCUAUGAGGUGGUAUGGUCAGGGUUGUAUGUGGAACCAGAGAAGAGUGUGCUCCGCGUGGCUGAUGAGGAACUCGCUUCUCUCCGAAGUCUGCAGCCUCUCGAGGUCGUGUGUGAGGACGUUCUCCCGAGGACGCUGUCGGAUAUCCGGCGUCUCUGCCACCAGCUGGAGCAGCACCGAGCUCGGCUGAGCAAGGAGGACUUUGAGCGGACUGUGCUUACAAUGGUAUACACGGCUCAGCGGAUAACACAAAGCACUGAAGGCCAUCAGAGGGAGCUGUGGGCUGACGCACUGCUUCAGCUCUAUAAAAGCAUCAAAAAAGAUUUGGGAGCAGAAUGAUGACCUUCCCCACACAACCUCACCUUCUCUACACACCUUCUCCUUCUCCACACACCCUUACCUUCUCUACACACCUUCUCCACACACCCUUACCUUCUCUACACACCUUCACCUUC